AUGUGGACUAUAAAAGGGAAUGGGGAUUAUGACACAAUUGCUGCAAUACAUUCUCAAUUUUCCACAUCUCCUGGUGCACAUUCCGGACCUGCUUUCUUGCCGUGGCAUAGAGAAUUCAUCAAAAGGUUAGAAAUAGCUCUUCGCCGUGUUGAUCCCUCUUUGGCUCUACCCUAUUGGGAUUCGUCGCUCGAUGAAUCACUGCCCUCCCCAAGAGAUUCUGUAAUGUGGGGAAACGAACUGAUGGGAUCACAGGGUAGUGAUGGAUCCGUUCGCACUGGAGCAUUUAGGAAUUGGACGACUGUAGAUGGCUCCCGAGUAUUCGUGCGUAACAUUGGCAACGUUGGAAACCUGAUGAGAGGAAGUGAUAUUACCAGUUUGAUUAAUGCAAAUGAUUUUCGCCUAAUCAUGGCCUUUACGGCUCCACAACAGAGUUGUCCUUAUCCAGCUGACUGGACAGCUCUUGAGUAUACCCACGGAGCUCCUCACGUUUAUACUGGAGGGGACAUGUUGGUCACCACAACUGCCACUAACGACCCUUUGUUCUGGAACCAUCAUUCCAUGAUUGACUGCAUAUGGGAACAAUGGCGUUUAGGAAAACAGUCAAGAUCUGAGAGGGAAACAGUAUAUCCACAAGAUGAUCCAACAUGCUCCAGUCCUAAUCAUUUUCGAAACAACACAAUGGCUCCAUUCUUUCCCUUGGUAAACCUUGAUGGUCUAUCAAAUCAAUACACAGAUAAUCUCUACCAGUAUGCACCCCGACCUACGUGUACAAGAGCAAAUUUGAAUGGUUGCGGAUCAAAAUAUCUUUUCUGCGAUAUUUCACAUGGUACACCACGAUGUGCUGCCAAGAUUGUAUUGGGUGGAAACUGUGGUGGCUAUACGAACAGUAGGUCUAUUAGCUCAUUUCGAACUGCCAAAACGGGAAACUGA